AAAACCCUGCGGGAAUUGAAACAGAGGUUGGGAUGUCCCUCCAACUCUCCUACCAUUGACUGGGCAAGGCUUUUUCCCUCUCUGGCUCAGUCUCUCCAGAGCCAUCACUGGACAGAGUUCUAGGACUGGAGACGCAGUUUCUCUUUUCUCACCCCAGCCUGCAUCCACUUGAUUGUGUCGGGUAGAGAUCAUCGGGACCCCGAGUGUCCUACUCCGACUCCAGAACCCCCGGACUCAGCCACGGUAGGGUAACAUGCCAGGAGAGCCAGGCAGGGAAACAGAACGGCAAGGUCAGGUGAGCAAAGUGCCCCAGAGGGUCUUGAUUCAUUCAGGACAGACAUCCGGUUUCCUCUGGCCUCUCUGCCGGGAUCCAGGGGCUUAAAGGGAUGAGUCACAGUGGUGGGUAUUGGGGAGUUCCCAGCUAAUCAGCCUGGGUCAGAGCAGCCCGAAUGCUGAAUUGCUUUGUUUUUUAUCCAUAUGUGGAACGGGCACAGAAAACAAUACCCCCGGGUGCUGUCCAGGGCUCCUGGCACUACUGCAGGAGGCAGCCGCCUGGGAGCUUUUGGGUACAGAAAGAGAACAAUGGGUUCUUCCUUCUCUCUCAGAGUGUUUGCCCCAGGUAUAGGUAUCUUGAGAAUCACAGAAAGGGCAGAGGGGGCAACCCUGGCAUAUCUGGCAGAGGAUAGAAAGACAGGAGCAGUCUUGACCUGGGGGCCUGAUUCUUCCCCAAGGUCUGGCUGAGUUCCCUCUGUAGCCCCCAGGGCUUCGCCAGCACUUCAGCCCAAACACCCUGGAGCAAUUCAGGCCUGGGUGUGGCUGGAGGAAGAGUUUGAGGGGGACAAGACGUCAAGGAAGGAGCAGAGAUUCCCCGAUUUCACAAAACUUUCGCAAAAGCUUUUCCCAACCCCCUGCAUUGUCCUGGGCGACAGAAGAAAAUUUGCAUAAAUCCUGGGAAGUUAUUACUAAGCCUGACUGCCCCAGCCCCAGGUAAUUUCCUCCCAGGCCUGGAUGGGGUUAUGUAUAAAGGCCCCCUGGAGCUAGGCCCUGGCAGAACCCAGAGCUGAGCCCACAGCACCCAGAACCCAUGGCUCAGCCUUCUGCCCAGAGCCGCAGGAGACUGAUGGCCCUACAGUUGCUGCUGUGGCACAGUAUCCUCUGGGCAGGACAAGAGGCCGCUCCGCUAGUCUCCGUCACCUCUCUGCCACCACCCCUGCCUUUGCCCCGGAGCUUCCUGCUUAAGUCCUUGGAGCAAGUGAGGAAGAUUCAGGCCGGGAACUCGGUGCUGCUGGAGAAGCUGUGUGCUACCUACAAGCUGUGCCACCCGGAGGAGCUGGUGCUGCUCGGCCACUCGCUGGGUAUCCCACAGGCUUCUCUGAGCCGCUGUUCCAGCCAGGUUCAGCAGCUGACAAAGUGCCUGAGCCAGCUCCACGGAGGACUCUUCCUCUACCAAGGCCUCCUUCAGGCCCUGGCAGGCAUUUCUCCUGAGUUGGCUCCCACCUUGGACACGCUGCAGCUGGAUGUUGCCAACUUUGCCACCACCAUCUGGCAGCAGAUGGAAAACCUGGGGGUGGCCCCUACGGCGCAGCCCACUCAGGGCACCAUGCCCACCUUCACCUCGGCCUUCCAGCGCCGGGCGGGAGGUGUCCUCGCCAUUUCCCACCUGCAGAGAUUCCUGGAGACGGCUCACUGUGUUCUGAACCACCUGGUCCAGCCCUGAGCAAAGCCCUUUCCAGCUAUUUUAUUUAUCUCUAUUUAAUAUUUAUGCUUAUUUAAACCUACUAUUUAAAGAUGGAGAAGAGAAAAUGGAGCGCCAAGCUUCUAGGCCCUUCACUCCACUCCUGAGUUUUGUUCUCCUGCUUGUAAUAGAGAGGGGAAGCUCUUGAGUCCUCCUGCCCCCAGGGCUGGAGGGAGAUAGGUAAAUACCAAGUAUUGAUUCCUGAGGCUGCUCCAGGCACCCAAUUCUGUGGCGGUGCAAAAGCCACAGUGAGUCCCAUCACCCUGAGACACCUAUCUCAGGGUCCUGGCAGCAUCAGGAGGUCUCCCUUUGGGGAGACAAGACAACCCUGUUUAAUAUUUAAACAGAAGUGUUCCCAAACUGGGUUUUUGUAUCCCUUGCUCUGCUCACCACACGCUGCAUGUUUCCCUGUCCCCAAAGCGGCAGAGGCAGCCAGGUUUGGCCCUGGAAUUUACUGGAUUGUUAGGGCCUUCCUGGGCUGGGCGGGGGGGUGAGAGAGAAAAGGCAGGAGGACCCCCCCCCCCAGGAGGGCACGGCAUGGAGGGAAGCCUACCUGUCUAAACUCCCUCUAGGCCCCACUUGCUCACUGUAACCAAGCUUGAAGAAUAAAGUGUCUGUAUCCAGUUAAAGUCCUUCUUCCUUCUUGGGUUUGGCUGAUGCCUGUCCAGGGGCUGGUGGAUGGCAGGAGAGGAUGGGGCUGGGACUGACUGGUCUGGGCGCCGCUCUGUACGUCCUAAGUGACAGGGACACAAUAGUGGAAAUGCACACUUGCCUUGAAAGUCAGAGUUUCUUGAGGAAGAUGGAUCAUGAGUCAGCGGGACAGGGGGGCACAAUGAUGGGGGCAGAUGAGCUGCAGCCUGGGCACACUGAACAUGUGCACACGAUGUCUCUUCACCGCUCUGAAGAGCUCUCCACAAAGCGUCCGCCCUUGAGAAUGAUACCAUGCCUUUUACAGGCAGAAAGCUGGGUCAGAACUCCAGUUCUGCGCUGGCUUUCUCUCCGUGAGCUCCGUCCCCUUGCUAUCAUCCCUUGGAGCACUUCCCUACUUGGCUCAGCUCCUGAGCUGAAGAGGUCUGGAAGGGUGGGGUGUCUGGAAGAGCAAACUGGAGGCACACUUGCAGUUGAAGGUCAGCUGCAGGCUCCCCUGUGCGUGGGGCUCCCCAACCAGGCCGACCCAGGCACCUUCCUCUGCAGCCCUCCAGAACCCUCCACACCACUGGCUCCUCAAAGCCCCAGCACCAUCCCCUCCCACAGCCUCACAGGUCCAUGUCCCUGGACGCGCAUCCCUCCACCAAUCUUCUGGAAGGAACACGUGGUGAACUCUGGGCCAGAGGGUGGAGUGUGACUGCGGAGGAGACAUCCUGCCCA